AUGGCUUUUCGAUUUAAUCUUAUUAUUUCCGCCAUAAUUAUCACCUUUAUGUUUAACAUAGAAAUUGAAUCCAGACACUUACCACAUCAUGGACUUAAUCAAACUCUUGAGGAUGCGUCAGUCAUGUUUACUGACUUUCCACUUGGUAUAUCAGAAGUAUUUGAUGAUGCCAGUGGGGUUUUCGGAAAAGUCCUGGGCAAGCUAAUGAGUAAGAAGAAAUUCCUGGGUAUUGAAUCUUUUUAUGAAAAAAAAUAA